AUGGCGUUCGUUUUGAAGUUAUCUCUCGCUAUCCUGUCGUGUGCUUUAUUCGUACAGGCUGAUGUUUCCCAUUUGGGUUAUAGCCGCUACAGCGGUCAACGUGUUUCACCUUUACGUUUACAGCGUUUGGAGUCUAGUCCCACUCCCUAUCCAGCAGCCGGUUAUCGUCCCAAUCGCGAGUUUAAUUUGCCCCGUGAACAGCCUGUUUUCCCUUUGGGCCAACAACAAGGUAAUAGACCUCAGCACAGCAGUGGUUUUGAUGUUUUGAGUGAACCUCAACAAAGACCUCAGAGACCACAAUUGGUUUAUGGUUCUCCUGAGCCUCGUUUCCCCCAACAGCCUCGUUUCCCUCAACAAAGUAGACCUCAAAACUCCAAUGGUUUCAAUAACUUUGCUGAGCCCCAACAACCUGAAUUUGUGGAGCAAUCUCAAUUCUCUGGCGGCAAUCAACAACCUCAAAAUAACCAAAACAAUUUCAACAACUUUGCUGAACCUCAACAACCUCAAAACAACAACAAUAACAAUGGUUUUAACAGUGGCUCCGAUGUUUUGUCUGAACCCCAACAACCUCAACAACGUCCUGAAUUACUCUAUGGAGCUCCUAAUGUACAAGAACAACAAGAAGUUCAAUCUGGCUCUGAUGUUUUGUCCGAACCCCAACAACGUCCUCAAUACAACUACAAUACACCUUCUGCCCGUCUAAGACAACUUUUGGUAGCUCGCUUGCAACAAGCCGCCCGUUUGGAACAACAACUUCAACAACAAGGCUACAGACCAUCACAAUCCCAAGCUCAAUCUCAAUCACAACAACAAUUGUCCAACUCUCUGCCUGCUUUAUACUCUGCCCCUCGCCAACAACAAACUCAAGAAGAAAGCCAAGCUCAAGCUGAAUCUCAACAAAAACCUGCUCGCUUAACCGACAACCGUGAGGAAAGAGAAGAAGAAGAUGCCAAAACCUCUGAAACUGUUGUGGACAUUGAAACCACCACCAAGGGUGAUGGCAAGAAAUCCGCCAAUCAAACUGCUGCCACUCCUGCUUUAGCAGCUACUGGUCUCUACUAUCCCGCUGCUGCUUUCAGUUAUGUACAACCUUUUAGUGCCGCCUAUGUUGCCGCUGCCAAUUAUCAAACUGUGCAACCUAUCCAAGCUGCCUAUACCGUCGGCUCUCCCUUCUUGCCACAGCAAUAUGCCUUGGCUACCGCUGCCGCUCCUGCUCAAUUGCAAGCUUGGUAA